GAGAGAGAGAGAGAGAGAGAGAAUCUGCUAGAAAGGGACAGCGGAUAAAUGCGGACACAAAAAUAACUCCCGGUUGUCCGUAUGGACAGGUUUAAGGACAGUUAACCCGGAAGUGUGACAGAGAUCUGUUGGUGAGCGGAAAAGGUUGGACCUGAUCACUGUGACCACUCCAAUCUCUUUAUCCAAGUAUAAGAGAUUACAAUCUAGAUAUCUGCUAAGCAACAGAGUCAGCCAUGAACACUCAGGAGUCAGAGGUGUACACGGUAGCGCCGGAGAUGCCGGCCAUGUUCGAUGGGAUGAAGCUGGCGGCCGUCGCCACCGUUCUCUACAUCAUUGUCCGGUGCUUGAAUCUAAAAAGCCCCACUGCGUCUCCGGAUAUCACGUACCAGGACACACCACUCAAUCGCUUCCUGCUUAAAUCUUGCCCCGUUCUGACCAAAGAAUACAUUCCGCCGCUGUUAUGGGGAAAAAGUGGCCAUUUGCAGACUGCGCUGUAUGGAAAACUGGGCCGCGUGAGUUCGCCGCACCCGACUGGCCUGCGGAAGUACCUGCCCAUGCAGGAUGGCGCCACGGCGACCUUUGAUCUCUUUGAACCACUGGCAGAUCAUCAGAGCGGAGCGGAUGUCACUAUGGUUAUCUGCCCGGGCAUCGGUAACCACAGCGAGAAGCACUACAUCCGCACCUUUGUGGAUCACUCGCAGAAACAAGGCUACCGCUGCGCUGUGCUUAACCACCUCGGAGCUUUGCCCAACAUCGAGCUCACUUCUCCCCGCAUGUUCACCUAUGGCUGUACAUGGGAGUUCGCAGCCAUGGUGGGGUACAUAAAGAAGACCUACCCUCAGAGCCAGCUCAUCGUGGUGGGCUUCAGUCUCGGUGGUAACAUUGUCUGCAAAUUCCUGGGGGAGAACCGCUCCAAUCAGGAGCGAGUGCUGUGCUGCGUGAGCGUGUGCCAGGGCUACAGUGCACUCAGGGCUCAGGAGACAUUUCUGCAGUGGGACCAAUGCCGGCGCUUUUAUAACUUUCUCAUGGCUGACAACAUGAAGAAGAUCAUUCUGUCACACAGGAACAGCCUGUUUGGAGGAGGCUCUUCUAAGAUGGUAGAUGCAGACCUGAGACGCCUUUUCACUGCCACCUCUCUCAUGCAGAUCGAUGACAACAUCAUGAGAAAAUUCCAUGGACACGAUUCCUUAAAAGAGUACUAUGAGAAGGAGAGCUGUGUGCACUACAUUCACAAUGUGAAUGUUCCACUGUUGCUGGUGAACUCUGCUGAUGACCCUCUUGUACACCAGUCUCUCCUGACCAUCCCUCGCACACUUGCAGAAAAGAAAGAGAAUGUGAUCUUUGCCUUGACACUGCACGGAGGCCACCUGGGCUUCUUCGAGGGCGCAGUUCUGUUCCCGCAGCCUUUAACCUGGAUGGAUAAGGUCAUUGUGGGGUACGCCAAUGCCAUCUGCCAAUGGCAGAAACAGAAGCCAGCAUGCCAAAGCCAGGAUGCCGAAGCCUCAGGGGGCACAUGUUUGAACACUGCUUCCUAAACGCUGCCCUCUGCCCUCUGUCGUUCCAUGCCCAUACGCCACAAGCCACUCAGAGUUUUCUGACUGGUUUUAUCCUACAUACAAAACAACAGCAUUUUUGUGAUCAGUGGUAGCGAAACAUUGUGUCAUAUUUUGGAAAUCACUCGCUUAUGUGCGGGCAAAGAGGAUGAUUCAAAGAGCGAUGUUAUGCAAAUACCAUAUUUUCAGGAUUUAAAGAUGCUAUGACAAAAUACACAUAUAUAGUUUGCCUCAGGCUAAUUAGAACUAAAUUUGUUAGUGGUUUUGAUCGGAAGGAACAUAAACCUUAGUUUGACAUAAAUGUGUGGUGGCCUGGAAAAGCGCUACACUUGGUGAAAUUUAGACUUUUUCUGCCAUAUAUUGGUUUGAAAACUAUAGACAUUUCUGAAUAUACACCCAAAAGUAACAUUUUUAUUUUAUUUUUAAAGACCCAGUUUAGACUAUAGUGUACAGUAGACGCAUCAUGGACAUUUUGACAACUUACAAAUUAAAUUAUGUCAAUUUAACUAAAGAUUUUUUAACACCUAGCAUCUAAAACAGCAACAUCUAAAGGGCUUUGCAAGGCCACGAUACAUUUUAUGACUCUUUGUUAUGGAUGGAUGUGCUGACAGGCAAAAAUUGUUUUUGUUGCUUUCUUGGAGGCAGUAAAAACAUAUUUAAAAAAGGCCUGUAGCAUUAAGCAAACCGACAAAGCGAAUUAAAUUCUUACACAGAAUCACGGAUUCCAUAGCAACUUAUUGUCUGGGAAAUAUGGUAUAACUCGUCAUAUAGUUUAUAAUGUCAAGAAAUGCACUGGCCCCAGCGUGUGUAAAAGAAGUUUCGUUUGCAGCUGCUAGAGUGGAAAGACUUCAGCACAAACAUCUACUGUAGACCGACCUUGCACUACCACACUGUACAUAACACUGAGGAAACGGGCCGUUAUGCAGGCACUGUGUGCUUAUAGUGAGGACAGGCGUGCUGCUGGUGCCUCUUCUGUGCUGUUCACCCUGUUACUGGUCUGUUGAUGUCUCAAUAUGAUCCAGUCUGCGCUUGUGUUAUUCAUUAAAACUGUAUUAUUCAUUGUAGGGCUGGGGAAAAAGACUCCUAAAUGAGUCAACACAGCUUAUAGGCUCUUUCUGUUUUUUAAAGCACUUUAUAUUAUGUUUUGCCAUAAUAUUGAUUUGGGUAGUUAAAGGACGCUCACAUGCAGAGACUAGAUCAUAAAGGGAGAGAUGUCGAAACUCUUUAGCUCAGUGACUCUGUGAUCCCGCCAUUUCACCAAAGCCUGAUAAUCUAAAAAAAAAAAACUUGGUGUCCAAUCUCUGAGCUUAGCUUAGGUGAUGAUUAGAAAGGGUUUGGUUGAAGUUAAGAUCAGAUUAUGAGAUUCAGCAGGAGACUGCACAUGUCUGUGAAAGCUGGCUCAUUACAUGCAUGUUUCAAUUUUCAUUUUUGCUUUGUGACCAUUUUUUUUAUUUUUUAUCUUUGUAAAAUGGAACAAAAGCUGAACAUUGAGAAAAUUACAGAAAGAGUAACAUCUUGUUCCAGGUCUUUAGGAAGUAACUGCAUGUUCUUGAAUAGUUUGAAUAGAAUGGAAGCAGGAGGAAAUGGGUGAAAAGGGAAGCAGUCUAAUCAUUUAGAAAGGAGUAGUUUAGUUGAAUUAAUAAUUUGCACAAUUUUCUUGAAAACCCACAUUUAGACCAAGGCAUGUUAAAUCUCUAAAGCUCACUUCAUUAGUUUUGUAAUGGAGCAAUGAUAAUACUGUUGUUAAAAGUUGAAAGAAAGGUGCUUAUAGCUACCAGUUUAACAAUGUGCAUGUCUGAUUCAUGGCAAUCAUCUGUCCCAUAAUGCCAGGGUUUAGUCCCAUUGUCAAACUGAUAUCUUGGCAAGUACAGAGAAAUACAAUAUAGUUAAAUACAUCUAACGUGUCUCUUUAGUAGAUUAAACAAAAUCUAUUUCUAGAUAUUUUUGCACUCGUUUUGAGCUUGAAAUUGCCUUCUGUUUAGGCAAAUAAUAUUGCUAAUUUCAAGUGUUUAUUUCUAGAAAGAAGCAAAAUUAUCUGCUAAUGGAAUAGAACAAAGCUUAAAACUAAAAAAUAAUAUAUAUAGAAAUGGCUUAAUGCUAUUAUAAUUGUUAUAAAAUAAUCUUAUGAGGAGAAAUAUAUAACUUUACUUUUAUUAAAAAUAUCUACUUAUCACAAGAUCUAUUAAUGUAUAUAGUAGUUUGUAGUGUCUGAAUUUCAUAUCUUCUCUUCCAUUUACUCAGUGGUUUCCUCUAGUUUUCUACAAAAACAAUUUGAUCACUCUAAGUUGCCCCUAGCUUUGAAUGUGUGUGUGUUUGUUUGUUGUCCAGGGAGCACAACAACCUUGUCCCCAGUGUUCCAGAGCCACCCUGACCAGAAUAAAAAGCUCUUUGACGGCGAGUAAAUAAAUAAAUGUCCAAACCAUUUGGCUAAAGGUCUAGUAAUAAUUUAGAAUUGACUUGUUAUCGCAAAGAGUACGAACUUGCUGAGAUAGAAAGCGAUUACUGUUUUUAGCUUUCACAUAACCAAGUCACUUGGUUAACCCAGUCGUGUUGGCAAACAACCAAACCACGUGGUUUGAAUUCAGCAUGCACAAUGAUAAACUGCUAGUCAUAGGUUUCCUUUAGUUGUUAGCAAUGGAAGUAUUUUUCUUUAUAAAGUGCAAUUUAGACGUGUCAGUGGAAAGGUAUGUGGAGGAAUGGAGUUGAAGAAACGGUGUUAUUUUUUUAUUUUUCUCAGCCUUUAAUUUCUUGUACUUAAGACGAGAGGGCAGUUUUGAGGAAGUUAGAUCUUAGUUGUUCUCCAGAUGAUAGAGCACAGACGCCACCUCCUGGUCUGUUGUGACUCUCCAUAGACAUUAAAAUGUUUUGUAGUAUUAAUGGUUAAUUUGGUUCAAACCCUGAUCUCAUGCAGUAUACACCUUUUUUUCAUCUGAAGGAAAGAAUGUUAAAGAAAAGAGGUUUAUAAUUGGUCUUCUUUCAGAUGUUCUAUUAGGUCGACAUUGACCAGGGUAAAUCAGUUUGAUCAUUCAGUAUUGAAGUACACCAAAAGAUCUGAGCUACCAGCAUCCUUCCAUUCUCCAUCAACUGAUGCACAGCCUUCUGCCUUUCUGAGUGUUUCUCACCUUUUAUUCUUUUUUUAUUUUGCACAAAACAUUACAGGCUUAAAUGUAUCUUUUUGAUUUUUGAAUUUCAUUUUUGAUAUAUAAAUAUAUAUUUGUCUUUCUUGCCUUUGGAUAUUGACUCAUUUGCUUAUGAUGUUCAUAAAUGACCGUUGGUGUGUGUUCAGCAGCACGUUUGAUUCUGAAAACCAAAACUAGAAAAAAAAAGUCAAGAAAUAAGGUGAACAUAAAGUCUGUAGGUUAUGUGAAAGAGUGUUGUUUUUUCCGUCAGCAUUUAUUUAUUUUUUUUGCCAAACCGAGGGGCCUAGUCCAGAAAAAUACAGUGUGUGUCAAAUUAAGUGUGAAGAAAAAUCACAUUCCUGCUGUUCUCACAAAGUACAGCCCUCAGUCAGGAACAGCAUUUGCGUUAAUAUUUGAUCAUAUGUGCAAAUCUAUUAGCAUUCCCACUGACUCAUUGACUAUUCGCCAUACUACCAGGUGGAAAUGCAGUGCAGGAUUUCCAUGACUGAUGUGGCAAAAUUCGAUUUAUAGAUUUAUAGAGCUAAUCACAGUGUAUUCACAGUGCUGUGUGUUUGAUGGGUUGGUUUUGUACCCAUUACUAUAUCAUAUUCCACCUUCAGUGACUAUAAGACUUUAACCUAGUUAUGUGUGUGUUUUUUUUUGUUUUUUUGUUUGUUUUUUUUGGGGAAUAAGUGUGUGAGUGAAUAAUUGGAUUAAAUAUAGUUAAUGUGUUCAAAAUAAAUUAUUUUCUUGUAUAAAUA